AUCAGUGUGUACAGCAGGAGAGAAAAGAUCCUGGUGUUAAGGGAUGGAUGUUUUGAUUUAAUUUGAGGCACUUUCCCUCAAGGCGGGGCAGGGAGACAGAAUUGUUGACCUUCAGAAGGAAAGGAGGGAACGACCCAAUCGGCAGACUGCUUAGCAGAGGAGAACAGGGGAAGUACGGAGGAAAGUGGGGGAAAGAAACAGAGUGAGAGAGGAGGAGAAAGCAAGGUGGGAGAGCAGAACUCUGUGAGAGUGAAGUGACAGCAAGAGGAUUCAUCAAAUGAGGGCAGGAACCAGCAACAGGACCAUGAAAGCUAGGUUUGCAUACUGCUUUCUUCUUGUCCUUCUUCUGAUCACGGAUGUCUGUGGCCAGCGAAAACCAAAACCAAAGCCUGUCCGUCCACCUACCACUAAGAAACCUCCUGCUCCCAAGAAACCGUCUCCCCCUGCCCCAAAAUCUGAACCCGAACCCCAGGAACCCACAGACUUUCCUCCUCCGAUCCUUGGCCCUCCCUCUGAAUUCCCAGACUGCCCCAGAGAGUGUUUCUGCCCACCAUCUUACCCAAAUGCCCUGUACUGUGAAAACCGCAACCUCCGAAAGGUCCCGAUCAUCCCGUUUCGCACUCACUACCUGUACCUACAGAACAACUACAUUGACCAAGUAACCGCAGAGUCUUUCAAAAACUGCACUCAACUCAAAUGGAUAAAUCUGGGAAACAACCGCAUCCGUUCAGUGGAGAAACAAGUGUUUGAGAAGCUGCCAAACCUCCUUUAUCUUUAUAUGCAGAGGAACGAGCUAAAGGAGGUGCCUGAUGACUUGCCGGACGGUCUGGAGCAGCUCAGACUCAGCCGGAAUCAAAUAUCAAAGGUCCCUCCUGGAGCGUUCAGCAAGAUGGAACAUCUCGCGCUUCUGGAUCUGCAUCACAACAGGAUCAGUGACAGCAGCUUGGGCAAGAACAUCUUCAAAGAUCUAAAGAACUUGAUUCAGCUCAACCUGGCCCACAACAUCCUAAGGAAGAUGCCUGUGAAUAUACCAAAGAGCCUUUUUCAACUGUUCUUGGACAGAAAUAACAUUGAGGAGAUUCCACAGAACUACUUCAAGGAUUUUACAAACCUGGCCUUUGUGAGACUGAACUACAACCAGCUUAGUGACAAAGGUCUUCCAAAGCUGGUGUUCAAUGUGAGCUCACUGUUGGAUUUGCAUUUGUCCCAUAACCAGCUGAGCACUAUUCCCCUGUUCAACUCUGAGCUGGAGCAACUUCAUCUCAACAACAACAACAUUGAGAGUUUAAACGGCACCGAGAUCUGUCCCACUAACUCUCUCUACAUGCAUGAUGAGAACGGAGCGCCCAAACUGAGAUACCUGCGUCUGGAUGGCAAUCACCUGAGUCCUCCCGUCCCCUUAGAUGUCAUCAUAUGCUUCAGACACCUUCAUGCUAUAGUAAUAUAAGAUGGUUUGAGUGAUGAACAGAUUCAUGCAUGCCUGUGCACAACCAGGCCUACUUUCCUGUCUACUUGACAGUACUGAUUGAAUCAAACAGUACCUGAGAAAACAAAUUUUUAAACAAUGCAUUUUUUCCCUUUAUGAUCAGGAAUGUUUCAUUGUGUAACCUAAAUACUUUCAGUGCAUCAUAUUUAUUGAAUUUUCUGCCUUGAAUACAACUGAGCAUGAGUAUUUUGCAUUAAAUUUCUAUGUUUCUAUGUGAUGUUACAGAACUGAAGCAGCAGCGAUGGCUGAGUGGAAUUAAUUAAACCUUAAAAAUAAAGGUACAUUAACUGACAUAUUGUGCGACAAACAACAAA